AUGGCCGGGGAGGACUACAUGGCUGCUUUCAGGGCUGCAAGAGCAGCCCGGGGUGGUUCUGGGCCGUCGGAGCCGAAGCGGGCCCCCGGCGCUGCCCGCCUCCCCCGUGAGGCACCCUUGCCAGCCCAUGGCAGCACCUCCAUGCCCGGACACCGCGACGUGCCCAGCGCGGCCCCAGCCACCGCCGCGGGCAAGCGCAGGGCGACCGAGGCUCUCCCAGAGGGCUUCUUUGACGACAGGGCCGCAGACAAGAGGGCCAGGGGGCUCAACGCGCGGAAGGCACAGGACGACGCCCUGCGCGCGUUUCGCCGGGAGAUCGAGCAGGUCGAGCAGGGCACUGCCGUCGACGCAGCCGCGCCGCUGUCCGAGGACGCCGCGGACGCGCGGCGGGACGGCGACGGCGCUGCCCCUGUCGAUGUCGCCGCCACAGAGCCGGGCGUGAGCGCGGACCGGGAGGCUGCGGAGGAAGUCGAGCGUCUGCAGCAGAUCGUGGGGCUGGGCAAGCUGGAGGACCGCGUCGAGGACUGGCGGGCGGCGCGGGCGCGGCGCCGGAGGGAGCACGGGCCGGACGGUGGCGAAAGGGGGCACGGCUCCGACCGCCCCCCUGACGCCGAGUCGGCCAGCGACACGGGGAGUGACAGCGGGCUGGACGAGCUGCUCGACUGGCGAGCCAGGCGGUUGCGUGGGUGA